ACAAAAACAAAUAACUGAUGAUGGAUCAAACAAACUAAUAAAGUAAACAAUUGAGUUGAGUGGUUUGGUUUAUUUGACAUAGACUUAUCUUAACUAGAUUUGUGAACUUUAAGGUUGGUUGCAUCAUGUCAAGUCCUCAGCGAGAGAAGAGAGAGUCAAUCUUUGACGAUAAUAUCAAGCCAGAACAACCCAGCGCCAGCUAUUCAGAGCACAGUUUGUCCAGCAUUGCAUCCCACGAUGAAUGCUUCCGGUCUGGCCAACAUGCUGAAAAAAGUCUUGGCAGAAUGGAAACUUACCUGUUAAAGAAUCAGCUGACAGAUGUUACAUUAAUCGCAGGCAGCCGCCAGAUCCCUGCUCACCGGCUAGUGCUGAGCGCCGGGUCGGAGUAUUUCUCCGCAAUGUUCACCAGCAACCUGCGCGAGUCUUGUCAGAGCGAGAUCGUACUGCAGGAUGUUGAUGGGGAGGCACUCUGGGACUUGGUACACUUCUGUUAUACAGGUAGGAUAGAGCUACGUGAGGAGACGGUAGAGACUCUGCUAGGAACUGCUUGUCUUCUGCAGCUCAGUGAGGUGGUCGAGGCUUGCUGCGCAUUCCUCAAGAAGCAGCUUCAUCCGUCCAACUGUAUCGGCAUCUGUCUGUUCGCUGACACCCAGGGCUGCGUGUCUCUUAGAGACGCGGCGCACAACUAUACAACUGAACACUUUAUGGAGGUGAUUCGUAACCAAGAGUUCCUUUUGUUGCCAGCCGAAGAAGUCAGUAAACUGCUGGCCUCCGAUGACCUAAAUGUUCCAUCUGAAGAAAUGAUAUUUCAUGCCCUAAUGUCUUGGCUGAACCAUGAUGUUACGGCUCGCAAGAAAGGGAUCAGCAAACUACUGAGCCUCGUCAAACUUCCUCUAUUGACUCCUUCGUUCAUCGCUGACCACAUUGAGACGGAGUUGUUGUUUCGUGAGGACCGAGCAUGUCAAGAGUUGAUCAUGGAGGCCAUGAAGUAUCACUUGCUGCCAGAACGGCGGCCGAACCUUCAGUCGGCGAGGACACGACCUCGCAAGUCUACUGUCGGCGUGCUGUUUGCUGUUGGAGGCAUGGAUGCUAAUAAAUCUGGAGCCACCAGUAUAGAGCAGUACGACCUGAGAGCCGACAAGUGGAGCCAUGUAGCCCACAUGUCAGGACGGAGAUUGCAGUUCGGCGUGGCCGUAGUCGAGGGUAAACUCUACAUAGUGGGUGGUCGCGACGGACUGAAGACACUCAACUCUGUAGAGUGUUUUGACAUCAAGACGAAAACCUGGAGCAACCUGCCUCCUAUGUCCACUCACCGCCACGGACUGGGUGUGGGAGUGCUGGAAGGACCGCUGUAUGCUGUAGGUGGUCAUGACGGCUGGAGCUACCUCAACACAGUAGAGAGGUGGGACCCUCACACUAGACAGUGGUCGUAUGUCGCCCCAAUGUCUACUCAGCGGUCGACUGUGGGUGUGGCUGUGCUCAACGGCAAGCUGUACGCAGUAGGAGGGCGAGAUGGCAGCUCCUGUCUGCGUUCCGUAGAGUGCUACGACCCUCACACCAACAGAUGGGCUCCUUGUGCUCCAAUGGCCAAGCGGCGAGGAGGUGUUGGAGUGGGGGUAAUGAACGGGUACUUGUAUGCUCUGGGAGGACACGACGUUCCUGCCUCAAACCCUUCUGCCGCUCGCUUUGACUGUGUCGAAAGGUAUGACCCCAAGACAGACACAUGGACCACGGUGGCCAGUAUGAGUGUAGGGAGAGACUCACUGGGAGUGUGUCGUCUGGGAGAUCGUCUGCUAGCGGUCGGAGGUUACGAUGGACAAUCCUACCUGCGACUGGUAGAAGCUUACGACUCGCAGACCAAUGAGUGGCAACAGGUCGCUCCUCUCAACACUGGCCGCGCUGGGGCUUCAGUCGUCGUCGUCCAAAACUCCUCGUAAAACUGUUCAUUCUUUCACCCUUUGUCUUUCAUCGUUUAUUAACAUUCCUUUUCAGUAUGUAUGGUUAUGGCCAUAGGUUUUUACAUCUCGUUUUAUUUAGUUCGUAAAUUUCGCCAUGACAUGUAUCAAGGCUUAAGUUUUUGUUCAUAUUACUUAUUAUUACAUCCCAAUGUGAUCAUU